AUGGCCCUUCUCAUUUUCUGCUACUCGGGAGGGGUCGGAUCGACUUGGGUCCUUGCUGGGGAUUGUUUGCGGCAAGCUUUCUUUCCGUCGUCGGUUCACACGGGAGCCCACAAUGCGGGUAACAAGAUUACGCUCGACCACAAAGCUUCACACCCGACAGGGGUGCAGGGUACAGUGAGCAGGAGCUUGCAUUUGGUGUUGGUGCUGGUACUGAGGGAGAGUCCAGGGCAAGCCGCAACAAAUGCAGCGCUUGCCUGGAAGAGCGUGUGUGCGCGCGCAUGCGGUGCGUAUUGGAAGACGGGAAAGGGGAUCUAG